AUCCACUCCCAGGCUGAUUUGUGACAUGGGCAUGGAGACGGGCGACGGGCUCGAUCUGAGCUUGUCUCUGCGCCAGUACUCGCCACCGAAGUUCCAGCGGGUGUUCUCCUGCUGCUAUUGCCCCCGCAAGUUCAGGACCUCGCAGGCGCUCGGCGGCCACCAGAACGGGCACAAGCUGCAGCGCGACCUGGCCAGGGAGGCCACGGCGGUGGGAGAGCUUGGUAAGGCCGCCGUCGAUGACCACAGCGCUCCGCCGCGCUACGGCGCCCAGCCAUUCGGAACAGGAGGGGGGAUCCACCCUCGUCGACAUCGCCAGCAGGGCACGGGUACUGGUUCGGGAGCAGCCUCGUCCGGGACAAGAGGAGGCAACCAAGAGGAGCUCACGGAAGAGGCGAUUGACCUGUCCUUGAAGCUAUGAUCGAUCUAUCCAUGCAGCAGCUAGUUCCUCUGUUCCAUUAGUUUCAUUUCUUGUCUUGUGUUUCUGCUAUCGCUACGCUUACUAGCUAGGUUAAAUACUUAUGCUGGCUGGCUCUUGAUUUGGGCUUGAUGCUGUACUUGCUCGAUCUUCAGAUAUCUCCAUGCAUGGAUUGUUACUUUGUUAGUUAAUAAGUCGCUACACUCAUCGGGA